GUAUAAAAGGCAGUUGUUCUUGCGCUGUACUGCAUCAGGAGUCUCCACUGAAGGAAGAGCUUAACCUCUGUACAGCCAUCCACCAUGCAUUCAGCGCUCCCUGCCUUGCUCUCCUGCCUGCUGGUCCUCUAUGCACAAGGGCAUCCAGCAAACAGAUCCAAUACGUGCAAGUGUUUUAAGUUUGCCGGCAAGAUCAACAAACAGCAAAUCCAGGGAGAGCCAGUCAUACAUGAGCCCAGUAACUUCUGUCCACGCACAGAGAUUAUUAUUUUGAUAGCAAAUAAGCAUAAAUGUGUUAAUCCACAAUCACCACUUGGAAAGCUAAUUCUGAAAAACAAAAACAGGCAUGGGAAGAAUCGAGCUGAAAGCACGACAGCUUCCAGUCACACAUCAUGGAGCUCAGCGGGACUCUGAGACUCUGCACAGAAGAUCACAGAAACACUGUUGCUUUAAUAGAAGGAGUUGUUCAUGGUCAUUGUCUUUGUCAUGUAAAUACAGUUGGUGUGCAGAAAUGAUUACACUAUCAACGUCUUCUGUUUCUGCCAUUUUAACUUUCUUUUUAAAUGAAAGAAACACACCUGAUUGGACUGAGUCUGUUUCAUUCUGCCUCAUGUUUGUUAACACAACACAGAGACUUCCACCAGGCAACUAAUAGUCUUAGAGCUGUCCAGAAGUAUGUGGACACCCAUCUGUCAUAGUUCAACAUAACUUUAGUUACAGCUUUAUGUCAGAUAUAUUUCAUCAACUGUCAUAUUCUGCCCUCCUCAGAUCACACGUUCAGAAUAAGCUGAAGGUUUUGAAUCGUGUGCAAAAUAAAUACAGACCAUAGUACUUCCAAAA